AUGACCUUCAGUGCAUCAGUUUUCGACAAUUGCGAUGUCUGCCGCAAAGUCUUCAGGAUGAAUCUUACAGAUUUAGGAUACUGUGGUCAGAAAGACUGCCACAACUGUUUCUUUGUGCCGAUUUGGUGUCGAAAGUGCAAAGUUUUUCAUCAUGACCUAAAAAAGAAAAAUGAAAAAGGCUGCAUUAAACCCCUUGCGAGACGAAGAGGUGUACGAAAAGAAUAUUUCGACUCUCCGGAUCUCAACGAAGCCUUCCACGAGGCCUUCCAUGAGGAGCAUUGCAAAAUCAUCGAGGAUGAGUUGGACGUCAUCCCUCCAGUGCCAAAACAAAGAGAAUCAAUCCCCAACGAAAAUAAGGAUGCUCCUUCUCCUCAACAGUCAAGACACGGCUCCCUUUACAACCGCAUUUACGCUUUCAUCGACAAGAACAAUCCUCUUUCUGGAGAAAGCUCUACAACUGAAAAACCGAUGCCGAUGAAAAGAAAGAUUGAUAUCAACAAUAACGAAGAUUGCAUAAUCAUUGAGGAUCAAUCCGAUGUUGUCAUCCUUCCAGUGUCGAAACCAAGAAAAUCGAAGAAAAAUCAGCUCUUUACUUCUGUCCAAGAGUCAGAAAGCACGAUCUCAAAUUCUCUAGACUCAGAAGAGCAAAUUGGCAGUCAAAAACACAAAUAA